AUGGCAUGCAACUCACUCCAUCCGUGCUCGUUGUGCUUGGUGGAAAAGGAGCGAUUGGAUGAGAUGACAUUUGAGUUGACUCAACAGCCUCCUGAUAAGAAGCGCCUGGAUGAACAGGAGGACACCACUGUCGUCGGAAAUGUCACGGCUCAGAAGGAAUCCGCGACAACCCAAAAGAAGCAGGAAGACUCCAUUUUCCUCAGAACUGUCAAGGGUCAGAAGGACGCUUACAAGGAGAUGGACUCCGCGAAAACCAAAAAGAAGCUGAAGGCGGUGAAGAAGAAGUCUUCUACGCACUUCGUGAAGAACGGAAGAUUCUUCUGGAGUGAGUUUUUCCGCGCCCUACUUCCUGAUGUUACUCCCCUCCUUGCUUCCUUUCCGCGCCCUGCUUCAUGCUACUCCCCUCCGUGCUUUCUUUCCCCUCCCUGCUUCAUGCUACUCCCCUCCGUGCUUUCUUUCCCCUCCCUGCUUCAUGUGACUCCCCUCCGUGCUUGCUUUCCCCUCCCUGCUUCAUGCUACUCCCCUCCAUGCUUUCUUUCCCCUCCCUGCUUCAUGCUACUCCCCUCCGUGCUUGCUUUCCCCUCCCUGCUUCAUGCUACUCCCCUCCGUGCCUGCUUUCCCCUCCCUGCUUCAUGCUACUCUCCUCCGUGCAUGCAUCCCCCUCCCUGCUUCAUGCUACUCCCCUCCGUGCUUUCUUUCCCCUCCCUGCUUCAUGUGACUCCCCUCCGUGCUUGCUUUCCCCUCCCUGCUUCAUGCUACUCCCCUCCGUGCUUGCUUUCCGCGCCCUGCUUCAUGCUACUCCCCUCCGUGCUUGCUUUCCCCUCCCUGCUUCAUGUGACUCCCCUCCGUGCUUGCUCCCCCCUCCCUGCUUCGUGCUACUCCCCUCCGUGCUUGCUUUCCGCGCCCUGCUUCAUGCUACUCCCCUCCGUGCUUGCUUUCCCCUCCCUGCUUCAUGCUACUCCCCUCCGUGCCUGCUUUCCCCUCCCUGCUUCAUGCUACUCCCCUCCGUGCCUGCUUUCCCCUCCCUGCUUCAUGCGACUCCCCUCCGUGCUUUCUUUCCCCUCCCUGCUUCAUGCUACUCCCCUCCGUGCCUGCUUUCCCCUCCCUGCUUCAUGCUACUCCCCUCCGUGCCUGCUUUCCCCUCCCUGCUUCAUGCUACUCCCCUCCGUGCCUGCUUUCCCCUCCCUGCUUCAUACUACUCCCCUCCGUGCCUGCUUUCCCCUCCCUGCGUCCUGCUACUCCCCUCCGUGCCUGCUUUCCCCUCCCUGCUUCAUGCUACCCCCCUCCGUGCCUGCUUUCCCCUCCCUGCUUCAUGCUACUCCCCUCCGUGCCUGCUUUCCCCUCCCUGCUUCAUGCUACUCCCCUCCGUGCCUGCUUUCCCCUCCCUGCUUCAUGCUACUCCCCUCCGUGCCUGCUCUCCCCUCCCUGCUUCAUGCUACUCCCCUCCGUGCCUGCUCUCCCCUCCCUGCUUCAUGCUACUCCCCUCCGUGCCUGCUUUCCCCUCCCUGCUUCAUGCUACUCCCCUCCGUGCCUGCUUUCCCCUCCCUGCUUCCUGCUACUCCCCUCCGUGCCUGCUUUCCCCUCCCUGCUUCGUGCGACUCCCCUCUGUGCUUGCUUUCCGCGCCCUGCUGA